AUGGAGAAGUCAGUCAUUUACUUUGCAAUUGCAAUAUUGUGUUUUACAUCAGUUAACACUAAAAAGAAACUUAAAUUUUACGAAGAAAAGAAUUUUCAUGAAUCACAACAACUUUCAGACCAGGACAUAAGAAAUAUUAGUCAAUUGUCAGACAUGACACAUUUUAGAACUGUAUUAGAUGAGAUUCUCAUACCAAGGGUAGUAGGUACCCCAAACCAUUUGAAGGUCGGAAACUAUAUUGUCAAUCAAAUGAGGGGGUUAGGGUGGGAUGUGACUGAAAAUGUGUUUGCUGAUCAAACUCCCAUAUUUGGAACACUGAACUUUAAAAAUAUUAUUGCUAAAUUAAAUCCUAAUGCUGAUAGAUAUUUAGUGUUAGCAUGCCAUUAUGACAGCAAAUAUAUGAGGGAGCAUGCCUUUGUUGGAGCGACCGACUCAGCAGUGCCUUGCGCCAUGAUGAUCAAUCUGGCCAAGGUAAUGUCCAGAGAGCUAGAACCUCUCAAGAACAACCGGCUGAGUCUCAUGUUCAUAUUCUUUGACGGCGAAGAGGCCUUCAGACAGUGGGGUCCUACGGACUCAAUAUACGGAGCCAGACAUCUUGCAAGCAACUGGGAGCAGACAUCAUACAAAGACGGUGCCAAUCAUUUGCAGCGAAUAGAUGUGAUGAUGCUCCUGGACCUGCUGGGUGCUCCAGACCCGGUAUUCUUCAGUUACUUCCAGUCCACUGAAAAGUGGUACUUGCGGCUAGCGGUCGCGGAACAGAGGCUUUCAGAGCUGAACCAGUUUGAAGGAUACUCCAAGGGAAAAAGCGAGCAAACUUACUUCAGGCUUAGGAGUUCAGGAAGCUUUAUUGAAGAUGAUCAUAUACCCUUCAUGAGGAGAAACGUGGACAUCUUACAUAUCAUUCCGUCACCAUUUCCCAGCGUGUGGCACACACCCGGAGAUAACAUGUCGGCGCUCGAAUUCAAAACUAUCGAGAACUUGAACAAAAUCUUUCGCGUCUUCGUCGCCGAGUACCUCCAUGUGAAGCCCUAG